AUGAGCUUGGAUCGCCAGGAUGCUAUUCAGAAGGAUGGAUUGGAGGGUGCAGCAAAGCCUGCCUUGCAGAAUCUCUCCAAGUUUCCCUCUAGUUCAAAUCCAGCCAAGGAGCUGAUUAAUGAACAAACCCCCUCAAUGUUGUUUGUAGAGUCUCCCGAUGGUGAGAUGACUCCGAUGAGUCGCCUUGUUUGUGGAGGUGUUGCCGGCAUCACCUCGGUGACCAUCACUUAUCCUCUGGACAUCGUUCGAACCCGGCUUUCUAUUCAAUCCGCUUCAUUUGCCGAUCUUGGAGCAAGAGAUCCAAGCCAAAAACUGCCAGGCAUGUUCACCACAAUGGCCAUGAUCUAUAAAAAUGAAGGUGGGACAAAGGCUUUAUAUCGUGGAAUUGCUCCUACUGUUGCCGGAGUAGCGCCAUAUGUGGGACUCAAUUUUAUGACCUACGAAUCGGUGCGCAAGUAUCUAACACCGGAAGGGGACAAAAACCCUAGCUCCUAUCGAAAAUUACUGGCUGGCGCGAUCUCUGGAGCAGUCGCCCAGACGUGUACCUAUCCUUUUGAUGUGCUACGUCGGCGAUUCCAGAUAAACACAAUGUCGGGAAUGGGUUACCAAUACACUUCGAUCUGGGAUGCUCCGAAAGUCAAGGAUCAAAAACCUCCUGCACUUUCCAUACGGGUGCGACAGCAAGCUAUUUCCCGGGAAGUCGACCAAUACACAGCCAUGGGUAUCGACCUGGACCGCCACCAUGUGCGGAGCAGCCACCGCAAGGCUCCCAAGAGCGACAACGUCUACUUGAAGGUUCUGGUGAAGCUCUACCGCUUCUUGGCUCGCCGCACCGAGUCCAACUUCAACAAGGCCGUCCUCCGUCGUCUCUUCAUGUCGAGAAUUAACCGUCCCCCGGUUUCCCUCUCUCGCGCUGUUGCCAACAUCAGCGAGGCCCAGAAGGGAAAGACCGUCGUCGUUGUCGGCACUGUCACCGAUGACAACCGCCUUUUGACCGUCCCCAAGCUGUCGAUUGCUGCCCUCCGUUUCACCGCUACCGCUCGCGCUCGCAUUGAGAAGGCCGGUGGUGAGACUUUGACUCUUGACCAGCUUGCUCUCCGCGCUCCUACCGGUGCCAACACUCUCCUCCUGCGUGGACCCAAGAAUGCCCGUGAGGCCGUGAAGCACUUCGGCUUCGGUCCUCACACCGACAAGAAGCCGUACGUGGGAAGCAAGGGCCGCAAGUUCGAGCGGGCUCGUGGUCGCAGACGUUCCAAGGGUUUCAAGGUUUAA